AUGGAUUUGGCGGACAUGCAGAAGUUUAACGAUGGUUAUCGUUAUUUACUUGUCUGCAUUGAUGUCUUUUCCAAGUGUGCAUGGAUAGUCCCGUUGAAAAACAUGACAGGUCCUACACUGGUCGAAGCUUUCAAGGUCAUUUUAACAUCUGGACGCAAGCCCGAAAAGAUCACGACCGAUCAAGGAACAGAAUUUCUAAACAAACAUUUCCGAGCAUUGAUGAAAGAAGACAUCAAACUGUACAAUACAUACAAUGAAACGAAAGCUUCUAUCGUGGAACGUCUGAUUCGUACUUUAAAGACCAAAAUGUGGCGCUAUUUUACAGCAAAGAAAACCAUGCGAUACGUAGACAUUUUACCCAAUCUGGUCUAUUCUUACAAUCACAGUGUUCACCGUAGCAUCAGGACAAGACCCAUGGACGUUACUGCUGGGAACGAGAAGGAAGUGUGGCACACCCUGUAUGAUGAGGAUAACGUAGCAAAAAAUGUAAAGUACAAGUUCAAGAUCAGCAAUCAAGUGAGAAUUAGCAAGAUGAAACGAACAUUUGAAAAGGGAUACUUGCCGAAUUUCUCCAAAGAGAUCUUUACAAUAAGCAAACAAAUACCUCGUGAUCCUCCAGUGUACAAACUAAAGGAUCUGGACGGUGAAGAACUCAAAGGAACAUUUUACGAGAAAGAGUUGCAAAAGAUCAUUAAGGAAGAUGACGUCUACGAAAUUGAGAAGAUCUUGAAGAAACGUGGACGAGGCAAUAAUGUACAUUAUCUUGUAAAAUGGUUGGGGUACCCCAAUAAAUUUAAUUUGUGGGUACCCGCUUCUGAAAUAAAUAAGAUUUAA